GAUGGGUGCCCGAUUCUACUGUGCGCGGUGUUCCUUUACCGGUUUUACCCAACUUAAAAUGACUUAACUAAAAACACGGUUUUGUAGUGCUGAAUGUUUACCAGUAGGCUCAAUAUGUGGACCGGGACACUGGAAGAUGAUUCUGCCAGCCUGGAAACGGCGGAUAGCCCGACGGAAGUAGAAGAUACGGAACGCUACGCGCGUAUUGAUGAUGUGAUGCGCAUGUUUAAGCUUCCCAGUGGUAGUGCAAGACGAUUCACUUCGGCGGUAUCAGAAAGACAAGAGCAAUACCUUCGCUCCAAAACGGACGGUAAUUCCUAUGAACUUGAAGGACUGCGCGAUUCUGACCAGGUGUUCAGGUUCAUGGAAGCAAUGGAAGCCAUCAGUCGUCUGAGAGGGUCACUUUCAGCUUCUUCCUACAAUCGUUGGAAACGCCAAUUGAAGCAGGCUUUUGUAAACAAAAAUAUUAUUUCACGCUACACUCGAAUGCAUCAAAUAUAUUAUCGUCCCCAUCCAAGUGAUUUCCGACCCCAGAGCCAGUAUGUGCUGCGACGCAUUUGGAACAGAAUUUGGAGUAUGUUCAAAAAAAGUCAGAUCGUAUUAAACAAUGCAACUGAAAGGAAGAAACUGCUCGCCAGCCUGCACACACGUCGGAAGCACGAUAUUCAGCAAGCCAUCUGGAGACUAGCGGUGUUGGAGUACGACAGGGUGCACAGAGUGAGCUAUGGACUACAACUGUCACAAGAAGAACUGAAAGCGUACGAUAAUUAUUUUCCUUCUCACAGGCACCUUCGAAGACAACCGCUGAGUGCUUUGGAAUCAAAAGAUUGGAGCGUGUCGGGUAUCAAGGGAACAACAAAGUCAUUAAAACUGGACCCGAAUGCGAUUAUGCGAGGUAAACUGGAAGGAUUUACCGACAGAAUACCAGAGGUGAAUCAUUUUUCAAAAUCAACAUUGGGAACGCUCCCCGACCGCAUUCCGAACGUCAUCGAUGAGGUGCUCGAUUGGCAAUCAUCAUCAAAAUCAACCAGUGAUGAGGACGAUUUCGAACAGGAGUACAUCACAACUUCCGAGCACAUCACGCCCAAUGAUAGUACAGAAGACUCGCCGCCGUCCGGACUGACCCCCAAGCAGCAGGCAGUCUUUUUGUUACCAAUAAUAAGGAAACAUCAUUCUACUGGCAUCAGUUUAAGAGAUUUCGAAGAAAACAGUCUAACACCACAGAACGUGUAACGUCUUUCCAGCUCAUAUCACUUGGUCUUAACACUGAUGCUCUUCAAAAGACAUCUUGAAAACACAUUAUCCCACGUGCCAUACAUGAUAUAUCGUCUGUUUCACUAAAAGGAGGAAACGUCUCGAGUCAAACUAUGGGCGCACCAGUCCUUUUCGCGUCAUUGGGAUGAGAACACUUACAUCAGUAUUCAUGUGAAUAGAUGUGUGGAGUAUGGUCAGCCUAUACGCGAUUGCUAGCAAGAUGCUACGAAAUGUGGUCAGGGCUGAACAACAUACUGUCAAUGAUUCGACGAAGGCAAACUCCGCAUCUACAGAUGCAUAGAAUUUGGCCGAACAACUUGGCUGUACCACGUCCUUCUGUCACAUGUCCUCUAGCAAGCACAAAAGGCGAUUUUAACGAAUAGCUGUGAGCUUAUUGCUGUGAAACCAGCCGCCGCUGAAGGACAUGUCCGAAAAUGCUUUCCUUUUGACGACGAGAGAUUGGGAGCAUCAGUAACAGUUCCCUUUUACCUCCUUUUAUCUUUGUUUCAUUUAUUUUACAGGCACCAAUUUAUGUUUACUGGUUGCA